GUUUGAAUGUUGAGAAAAAUGAGUUUAUUUCAAUGUAAUUUUAUUCUUUCGUUUUCGCGUUAGCAAGGGAGCGAUCUCUGUGCUGCUUUCUCUGUUUUUCCUCUGUUUUGUUACUGAAAAAUGAGCGAGGAUCCACUUUUAUCUCAUUUUAUAUUGUUUUUCUUUUAUCUAAGGCAGCUACAAUUUCUCGAGGAGUUUAGUUGACUCCUUAAUUUAUCAUUUCCUUUCUGUUAGGGCAAAAACAAGAAUGGAUGUUCGGUAGUGGUGUACAAUCUUUCUGUGGAGGCCUUUCUUUGUGCGAAGGCAUAAUCUUUUAACACAAUGUCAGAUUUAGAGGUUCCUCUUCGGCCAAAGAGGAAGAAGGUGUGGGUGGACUACUUUGUGCAAUUCAGAUGGAUUUUAGUUAUUUUUGUUGUCCUUCCUAUAUCAUUCAGCCUAUACUUCUUCACAUAUCUUGGGGACGUCAAAUCUGCCUGGAAAUCCUACGAGAAACGCCAAAAGGAACACGAUGAAAAUGUCAAGAAAGUUGUAAAGCGCCUUAAACAGAGGAACCCAACAAAGGAUGGCCUUGUUUGCACAGCCCGCAAGCCUUGGAUUGCUGUUGGAAUGCGAAAUGUUGACUACAAACGAGCACGUCACUUUGAGGUUGAUUUAUCGGCUUUUCGAAAUAUUUUGGAUAUUGACAAAGAAAGAAUGAUUGCCAAAGUUGAACCCCUUGUGAACAUGGGGCAAAUCAGCAGGGCCACUGUUCCACUCAAUCUUUCCCUUGCUGUAGUUGCUGAACUUGACGAUCUUACUGUUGGAGGACUCAUCAACGGCUAUGGAAUUGAAGGAAGCUCCCAUCUCUAUGGCUUGUUCUCGGACACUGUUGUGGCUUAUGAGAUUGUUCUAGCAGAUGGCCAGCUUGUUAGAGCCACUAAAGACAACGAGUACUCAGAUCUUUUCUAUGCAAUCCCGUGGUCCCAAGGAACAAUUGGUCUUCUUGUUGCUGCUGAGAUUAAGCUCAUACCCAUUAAAGAGUAUAUGAAAGUCACAUAUAAACCUUUUAUAGGGACAUUAAGGGAGAUAGGACAAGCUUAUAUGGAUUCUCUUGCCCCUAGAGAUGGAGAUCAAGAUAACCCAGAAAAGGUUCCCGACUUUGUGGAAACUAUGAUUUAUACCCCUUCUGAAGCUGUGGUCAUGUCAGGUAGAUAUGCCUCCAAAGAAGAGGCGAAGAAAAAGGGAAAUGUGAUAAAUCAGAUUGGAUGGUGGUUCAAACCAUGGUUCUAUCAGCAUGCAGCUACCGCACUCAAGAAAGGCGAGUUUGUGGAGUAUAUCCCUACAAGGGAUUACUAUCAUAGGCACACCAGGUCUUUAUAUUGGGAGGGAAAGCUUAUCCUUCCCUUUGCAGAUCAAUGGUGGUUCAGAUUUUUAUUGGGAUGGAUGAUGCCUCCCAAAGUUUCUCUGCUCAAAGCUACUCAAGGUGAAGCUAUCAGAAACUAUUACCAUGAAAUGCAUGUUAUUCAAGACAUGCUUGUUCCGCUUUACAAGGUUCCGGAUGCUUUGGAGUGGGCUCAUCGUGAGUUCGAGGUUUACCCUAUUUGGCUCUGCCCACACAGACUCUUCAAGCUUCCAGUCAAAACCAUGAUAUAUCCUGAACCAGGAUUCGAGUUACAUCGUCGGCAAGGCGACACACAUUAUGCUCAAAUGUACACAGAUGUUGGACUCUACUAUGCACCAGGCCCUGUCCUGAGGGGCGAGGUUUUCGACGGUGCCGAGGCUGUUCGUAGAAUGGAAAAAUGGCUUCUAGAAAACCAUGGAUUCCAGGCUCUAUAUGCAGUGUCAGAACUGAAUGAGAAAGAUUUCUGGAGGAUGUUUGAUGCUGAACUCUAUGAGCAAUGCCGGAAGAAAUAUGGAGCUGUUGGAACCUUUAUGACAGUUUACUACAAGACCAAGAAAGGCCGGAAAACUGAGAAGGAAGUGAAGGAAGCUGAACAAGCUCAUCUUGAAACUACUUGUGCUGAACUGGAACAGCCCAAUUAAAUUAAGUUCCUGCUUCAAAUAUUUGGUGCGUUUUCUUAAUUCUCUUUUUUUCUUUCUUUUUCAAGCAAAUGAUGUUCUUGUCGUUCCAGAUCUGAGUGCUUGUCUUACCUGCCCUUAGCUCUCCUAGUGGUUAAUUUGAAAAUGUUGUAGUUUGAAUUGCAGAACUUGAUGGAUUAUCAACAGAGUUUCUCUUUGAUGCUGUGUUUUUUUAUGAAUUAGAUGAGAUGUUGAUGA